AUGGCGCCAAAGGAGCAGCGGCCGAGACGCGCUCGCGCUCUCUCUGUGGAUUGUUCAGAGUUCAAGACUUGCUUGAGUUCUGAGCCGAGAGCGGGGCGGGAGCGGCCGGGUUGUGAGGACUUUUCCUUGCCAAACGACACCAAUCAGAUCGAGGAGGCGAUUCUCGCGAAGAUCCAGCAGCGAGUGCACAGUCGAACGACUGAGGAGAACUUCCUGGCAAGGGAUCUUCGGCAUCACGAUCUCUCUGGCACUGGAUGGCUUGAACCAGCCACGUUCAUGCGGGCCUUCCUGCCCUACAGUGCCGGUGUCAGCGAGAAGGACCUGCGCGCCAUCUUCGACCGCUACGCGGAGGAGGCGUCCCGGUCCCGCCACCUCUUUAGCCGGCGCAGUGCUGGGGUGCUGACAGUGCUGCAGGGCGCCGCAUGGAUGGCCAUGGCUGCAGCCUACACAGCACGUGUAGGAUUCCACAACACGACAGAGACACAGGCUGAACGUGGUCAGAACGGCGGCGUGGCGGCAAAGGAGCUCGAGGAGGAUCAGGCCGGGCUUCGCUCUGCGCUUUCCGUCCGUCCGAGUUUCGGCUGGGAGGCCUCCGAAGCACCAGAGGUGCCCGCACAGCUAGGCUCUGAAAAGCUCUCCGCUGACGGUCGGUCAAAGGAGAUCCUGGAGAAGAUGAAGGACUUCCUCUAUGAGAGUCCCCGCGGCGUGACCUCCCUGGCUGCAGCCAUUCGAGAUGCGGAUCCGCAAAAUGCCCGAGUCAUCACCUUCGAGGUCUUUCAGAAGGUCCUUGGGGACUUCUUCCAGGACCUGCAGGUCAGUCUCGGGGAGCUCCGGGCAAUCUUUGACCUCUUUCGUCAGCCACACGUGAACCAGCUCCCCUACGAUGAGUUCUUUCUGGCCUUGAAGGAGGAGCUCAGCCAAGCUCGGAGGGCUGCCAUUCGUCAGGCCUUCCGUCGACUGGACGUGGCUUCGGAGGGGCUCGUGGACCUCGGGGUCGUGCUGCGCUCCUUCAACGCGACCCGCCACCCUCAGGUGUCUGCUGGUACGCGCACAGCAGAAGAGGUUCUCGAAGAGUUCGGAGACACCUUGAAGGAUCAUAUCAGCUUCCGGCGCGGACAGCGCUCCUACCCGACGAAUUUAGUCGCCUGGGAGGAGUUCGAGGACCGCAGAGCGUCCAUUAGUGGCUGCUUCGCCUCCGACGAGGACUUCACAUCGCUCCUGGCAAAGGUCUGGGACUUGGACAAGGCCUUCGACGCUGCGGUGGAGACGCGCGCGGCUUUGGCUCGGCCCGCUGCGGGUGCUCCGCAAAAAGUCCGAACCGGCCUCCACCACUGGCAGACGAACACGCUGCCGAUGACUGUCACGCACCACAAAGUGGAGAUGGUGACGAAGAUCGAGGAUGUGAUGCAGCGCACCCGGGCUCAGAUCACAAGGCGUGGCCUUCGGUCCGCUGUCGACGUGGUCCAGCACUUCUAUGCAGCAGACGACGACGUGGACGACCAGCUGGACACGUACGAGUUCCGCCAGGCCUGCCGGAAGGCUGGACUCAGCUUCCGCGAAGCCGAAGAGGUCUCCAUCUUCGAGGCGUGCGCAGAGACCAAGGGCAAGCUCCAGCUGCCCGUGUUCCUGAAGCUCCUCCAUGGGGAGCUGUCGCCCGCUCGCCGAGCCCUCGUGGAGCGAGCCUUCGCGGUCCUCGGAGGCGACUUGGGAGAUCCUCGCUCGGUGGUGAGCCCCGCGACGCUGAAGGAGCGCUUCGUGGCACAGGCACAUCCCUUGGUGGUCCGCGGCCAGCUCGAGCCUGGAUACGUCCUGGCGGAGCCCCUCGGAGAGGGAGAGGGGGAGCGGUUCCUGGACACCUUCAGCCAGCUGGCACACGUACUCGGUGGCUGUGAGAACGGCAUGGUCUCCUUUGCGGACUUCCUCGCCUACUACGAGGUGGUCUCCUCCACCGUUGAGAACGACUCGCUCUUCGACCUCGUCGUGCAGCGCAUCUGGGACUUGCCCAAGGCAGGGCCGCAGCCGCGCGCUUCCGGCGCGCCACGCGAGCGAGAUGCGGCGCUCCCGCGUGAGCUUGGAGCAAGCGCCCUCGCCCAUGGCGGAGCGGAGGCGACCGCGAGUUGCGAGUCGGCCGCCGGUGCCACCGCACCGCACUUGAGGCCCCCGGCGCAUGCGGGGCCUUCGGCUUAUGCCGUGGAAAGCCCACGAGGUCCCAAGCAGGAGACUCCCUCGAUCGGCCUCCACCUCGCAUCGGAGUCUCGCUCUGACGAGGACCAUAAGCGCUUCAGCCGCGGACCACAGCCAGAGGCUAAGAGGCCAAGAGAGAGCGGGGGCAGCGGGGCAGCCGCUCUCAGCCUUCCGAGGGCCUCCGCCAUCACCAAGUCCUCCAUCGCCGGGGCCCCAGAGAAAGAGCAGACACGAAUUCGAGGAGAGGAGACGAAGCAGGCAAAAGUUUGCAUGAUCUCUGAUGCGCACGUGGGUAUGCAGCUGAAAACCGGCGAGCAGGCAUGGCGAAAUCGGGAGCAGCGGAUUGAAGUGUUUGCGAAAAAGGGUGUUCCGGAGAGGGCAGGCUUCCUUGCGGCACGGUUUGAAGAGCUCUCCACCCAGCUUUGGUCGGAGCACAUCGACGAAAAGACGGUGCAGGUUGAACAAGCCUCAAGCGGCUCAAAGCGGGAGACUGGCACAUGGCACAUGGUCGACAUUGUGGAACGGGGAGCGCAGCGCUUCCGUGCGGAAGCCUCCGCUCUUCGCUGCAUGGAGGUCUUCAACGAGCGGGGGAGCUCCCUCAGCAGCGAGGUGCUCGAAAGGUUACGGCGCAGCAUCGCCCUGCGAGGCCUCCGAGGCUGGCUUGCUCUGGUUCAGCGCUUCCAGAACUUCGACUACCGGAGGAACGGGACCAUCAUGCGCCUGGACUGGCAGCGCUUGAACCGCGUGCUGGGCCUGGGCCUCUCGCCGGAGGAUCAGGAGCUCCUCUUCAAGGAGCUCUCGCAGAAGAAGAAAGGCGCAGCCAUGGAUUACCUCCAGUGCUUGCACUUGCUACGAGGGGACAGCCUCGAAAAGGACCGCGAGCAGGCCGUAGAGCAGCUCUUCGAGGCCUUGGGCGGCGGAUCCGGCGGGUCAGUGACGGCCAACACGCUGAAGAACAGGUUCGACGCCUCCAGCGCGCCUCAGUGCCUUCUGCGAAGGAAAGAUCCCAGGCAAGCGGAGCAGGAGUUCUUCGAUGCCGUGGACUUCUUCGCAGCAGGCUCAGCUUUCGAUUUCGGGAAGUUCCUGGACUUCUUCCGCAUGGUUUCCGCCGUCCACGAGGACGACGACGAGUUCCGGCUGAUGACCUCCAGCGCCUUUGGAGCCUAG